AUGUCGAUGCGCCUCGCGCUGAAGGCGAGCCUCGCGCAGGAGGCCGUCGACGAGAAGACGAAGCAGGCCGCGGCGCGCAAGGCGAAGAAGGACGCCAAGGCCGCGGCGAAGGAGCAGGCCGCCGCCGACGCGCGCGCGCGGUUGGCGGAGGAGGCGGCGAGCAGCGCGGCGGCGGAGGCGGCGGAGGAGGCGACCUGGGACGAGGCGACGCGCGACGUGCGGCGGCGCGUCGGCGCGCGGCUCGCCGAGGUUUUGGCGACGGCGGAGAUCGCGGACCUCAAGCUCAAGAGCCUGCGGAAGCAGCUCGAGGGCGAGCUCGGCGUCGAGCUCAGCGGCGAGGAGCACAAGGCCUGGUUCAAGGCCAAGGUCACGGCCCUCGUCGAGGCGAAGACGGCCGCCGCGGAUUUGGCCGCGGGCCGCAAGCCCGGCGACCUGGCCGACGACGAGGAGGACCCGCGGCACCCCGUGCUCAGCGACGAGAUGGCCGCCGUCGUCGGCGUCGGCCGCGCGAACCACUUCCGCCUCGUCAAGCUCCUCUGGAAGUACAUCAAGAAGCACGACCUCCAGAACCCGGCGAACAAGAACGAGAUCGUCUGCGACGACGCGCUCAAGGCCGUCUUCAAGAAGGACAAGGUCACGUCCUUCGGCAUGUCCAAGCUCCUCUCCGCGCACUACUUCAAGGACGACGCGCCCGCGCCCAAGAAGCGCAAGAGCGCGCGCGACGACGGCGCCGACGACGCCGACGACGGCGCCGCCGCCGCGCCCGCGCCCAAGAAGCCCAAGAAGAAGCCCGCCGCGGCCUCGAGCGCCGAGUACAAGGGCUCCCGGGAGAUGGCCGACUUCUGCGGCGUCGAGACGAACAACCGGUUCACGAUCACGAAGAUCGUCUGGGCCCACAUCAAGGAGCACGGGCUCCAGAAGGAGGGCGACAAGCGCACGAUCAUCUGCGACGAGACGCUCAAGGGCCUCUUCCAGGUCGACGAGUUCAACCAGUUCCAGAUGGCCAAGCUCAUCGGCACGCACUUCUCCUAG